AUGGGGAGGCUGGUCGUCGCGGCGGCGGUGGCCGCGUGGGCGUUCCCGAUUGCGGCUUUGGUGAACUCCGUAGUGCCAGAGCCCUACAUGGAUGAGAUAUUCCAUGUUCCACAGGCACAGCAGUAUUGCCGUGGAGAUUUCUGGACAUGGGAUCCCAUGAUCACCACCCCUCCUGGCCUGUAUUAUGUUUCACUAGCAUAUAUUGCUUCUUUCUUUCCUGUUGCCUGGAUGUUUCGGGUAGCAAAAACAUUUGAUGUUCUUUGCUCCACAGUAGCACUCAGAUCAACUAAUGUUAUCUUGGCAAUGGUCUGCGCUGUUCUUUUUCAUGACCUGCUUUUGUGCAUCCAGCCAGGAAUUGGAGAAAGGAAGGCAACUACCUACGCUAUUCUUGUAGCAUUGUAUCCUGUUCACUGGUUCUUCACCUUUCUUUAUUACACUGAUGUUGCAUCAUUAGCUGCAGUUCUUGCAAUGUACCUAUUCUGCUUGAAGAAACAGUUCUGGAUCAGUGCAACGUUUGGUGUUUUUUCAAUCCUUUUUCGUCAGACAAAUGUAAUAUGGAUUAUAUUUUUUGCUGCCAAUGGUGCUAUCACAUACGUAAAAGACUUGUAUCCCAAGGACAAUGUUUCUCAUGAGAACAGUGAACCAACACAUCAGUCAAGAAAAGCUUCUGUCAGGGAUAACAAAAUUAGUGCUCAAGGUUUGAGAAGACGGCGAAUCAAUAAUCCCAUAAGGAAGAAGGUCAUUGUUUCUGAAUCUGCUAACCCUUACAACAGUCUUACAGAGGAAGUGUGGGACAUCAGCUUGAAGUUAUGGAACUUGAAGUGUGAAAUUUUGAUUGCCUUUGCACCAUUUGUAGUUGUCAUGGCGGCAUUUGUAGCAUUCAUAAUCUGGAAUGGUGGUAUAGUACUAGGUGCUAAGGAAGCUCAUGUUGUUUCGCCACACUUUGCACAGUUUCUGUACUUUGGUCUUGUGUCAGCUGCUGCCCUCCUACCAUGGCAUUUCACUCCCAACCGAGUAUUGGACCUAUUCCACUUGUCUGGAAAGAAUAAAACCAGUAGUUCUCUGGCAGUAUUAAUGGGUCUUGGUUUAAGCUUCAUCACUGUACAUUUUUUCAGCAUUGCUCAUCCAUAUCUUCUUGCUGACAAUAGACACUAUACCUUCUAUAUUUGGAGGAAGGUUAUCCAAGUAAACUGGAUGAUGAAAUACAUGUUGAUUCCACUUUAUGUGUACUCAUGGCUCUCAAUCAUCAACAUCUUAGGGAAAUCACAGACAAGGAUUUGGGUGUUAUCAUUUGUGCUGUCAGUUGCACUGGUCCUUGUACCUGCCCCACUGGUUGAAUUCAGAUACUACACAAUUCCAUUCGUGAUACUGGUUCUUCACUCUCCAGCAAUUAACAAUGGCAAAUUGCUUGCUAUGGGGUCACUUUAUGCAGCUGUUGACUUGUCUACUCUGGUGCUGUUUCUGUUCCGACCUUUCCAUUGGGAACAUGAGCCUGGAACACAAAGGUUUAUGUGGUAG